AUGGGUAGAGACAUCAAAGAAUUUUACAAUUUAAGGCAUCGAUAUUUGGAUAAAAGGAAAGAGACAAAUUUAAAUAUUUUAAAAAGUACUAUAAAUAAAAUAACGUGCAAUAAUGAUGUAGCAGUUACAAAUGCACCCGCCCAUUUACGUGAAAAUAAAGAUGAAUGCAACAAGAAUGCGGCAACAAGAGUUCAUAAAGUAAAGGCGCAAAGGAAGACCACUGGGUUCAUGAAGAACCAUGAAUCUGCUGAACCCAGUGGGAGGAAGAAGGACAGGAUUAAACACAAAAGCGAAGAGGAAGGCAGCGACAAAAUUGGCAAAAUCAGCAAAAUGGUCAAAAUAGCCAAAAUUGAUAAAGGCGAUAAAAGGGGCUUGAACGAUGCAAAAAGGGCGAACAAGGGACCGGAGGGACCAAGCAACCACAAAACAUAUCACAAAGGUAAAAAAUGCCAAUUGCACAAAUCGGAAAAGUACAAAAAGCACGACGCAGGCUGCAAUGACCAACACACAGGCGAAUGUGAAAUCAUCAAAAACACGAAUGAAACAGACACUUGUACAGACUUUUACGUGGAAAAUUCAAACAAUCCAUCAGCCUAUCACCAUAAUGAUAACAAAUUGAGUAGCCACUGGGGCUCUACCUCGAAUAAGGCACAUGUGCACCCCGUUGAAGAAGAAAAAAACAACAAUUUAAAGACAAGUAACGUGAAUAAUUGCCAAAUGAAAAACGUGUACGACGUUUUGGAUAAAAAUUUUGGUUUCAUCUCCUGCACUAUUAAUAGUAACGUAGCUAACACGAGAGGCGACACCAGUAGCAUAACUCAAAGUAACUACAGACGUAAGCAUAAGCAACAAAAUUACAGUCAUGCCACAUCUAAUAUUUGCGACAACAGGAAUUAUCACGAGAAUGUGGCGCACGCAACAAUAAGUUGUGACUCAGUAAAUGCAAAUUUAAAUGUAAAAAAUGAUGAUCAUGCCAAAGGUGGUAAUUCCUACUAUAAUGAAAAAUGUGAUUAUGAUGUCGUGAAAAAUAUAUUCGAGGGGGGGCCCCAAAUGAAUAAAGGCUACCACAAUAGUAAGUCCCCUUUCACCGAUGGAAACCAUUUAUCCGUCAUGGAGAAUACCCACGCGUUUGGGGACUACAAUGUGAUAAAUAAAAGAAUCCAUAUAAAAGAAAAAAAAAAUGUGCUUAACAUAUAUAAAGUGUUCUUUCCAAAGGACUGUCCAGUCAAUCUGGUAAUAAGCAAAAAAAAUAUGGACAAGAACUAUCAUCACCCUGCAUUUCUUAAUAAAAAAAUAAUCGAACUAACAGAUACAUACACACACUGUGCAGAGAUGACGCACCAUGGAACCAAUGACACACGUGAUAAACCUAUGGACAGUAAGCUCCAAAUGUAUAAAAGCAUUUAUAGGUACUACUGCGAUAGGGGCCAAAUUAGUAAUAGUCAAAAUGUCAAGGGAAUAAUCACUUGCGAGGACAGCGGGGAACAAAAUAGCAAUCACGUUAGUGUGAACACCUCUGAAAAGAAUCACACAAAUCGAACUCAGGAAUUUUUCGACGAUGAACAUAAGUCGAAUGUCGCCCUCACAAAAUGCCUUUCGAGUAAGAACUCUGAGAAAGGAGAGAAAAGCAGGGGCACCAGCAACAGUGGCAGCGAGGAUCACAACACGAAUUAUCGUACGCACAAUGGAAACGACGCUGGAGAUGCCUACAGCAGUAGCCACAACAGCGGAAAUAAUGACAGCUACUACGGUCAUAACUGCAACCGUAGCAACAAUGCGAAAAAUGGCAGUGACGACGAUGACAGUAAUGGCAGUGACGAUGACAAGAAUGGCCGGGACGAUAACAAGAAUGGUCGGGACCAUGACAAAAAUGCAAGUGACGAUGACAAAAACGAUAGCGACGAUGAAAAGAACGAAAGCGAAGAUGACAGAAACGAAAGUGACCGCGACCAUAACCAAUUUGAUCUAAAAGGGAGACCCCAUCGGGAUAGCUCCAGAAUUUCCCACAAGGAUGUCAACCCAGAUUACCGCGAACAACAGAUCGAGAAGAGCAAAUUCUAUUCCAAAGAAGCACAACAUGGGGAACUAAGCAACCUGCACGAGGAAAUGCUGACCAAGCACAUCAACAGUUCAGGAGAUUUACUCAAAGAAUUACAUAUGCAGAAAAAUGAAAAGGAAAAAAGCCCAAAUAAUAAAUACGUAGAGGAAAAUAGCUACGUAAGAAGUGAUGACAUAACCCUACCCAUUAAUCAUUUCCUGAAAAAGAAAAAAACCUGUAAUUGGAAUAUAGAACAUUACGAAAUGCUCCACUCGUUAAAUGAUAUAAUAUGUGAAGUGAAAAAAGAAAGCAGCUCGUUUAUAAAUAAUUAUAAGAAUCAGGAGAUGGUCAUAGACAAUAAUAACAGCACACUAAAGAGCAAAAUUGAUACCACCCUUUUCAGCAGCAUAAACAAGAAUGGUAAUUUCUCCAACGGUAUUCACCUCCCAACCUAUGCAGAUAGCAAUAUGAGAAAAAAAUAUAAUGCGAAAUAUGUCAAUAAUAAUAUGCAUCAGCACAAACUUGGCAACAAGAGUGAAUUAAAUAUAAAACAUACUUCCCAUUUAGGGCCUAGGAACAGCAAUGAUCAUGACCCCGAGAUGGAAGGCUCCUCUGGUUAUGGCUGCAACAGUUACAGAAGUAACCAAAUUGACCAUAUCCACGAUAACAGAGCCAAGUGCAGCGAAUACGAUUGUGAUAAACAGCCCUUUAGAAAUAAUAGAAGCCCUAUAAGAUGCAGAAGAAUAAGCAACUUCAAAAGGUACAACAUGAGGACGGAGAACAUACACGUAGAAAUUUCCACUAAUAAGCCAACCCUCCAAUGCGACGAGAACUUCAAGACGGCUCGAACCGACCCCUUCAAAUACAACAGUCAAUUCCUCCAUAAGAAUAAACUAAAAGGAAACAGUUAUUCCAAACAGGUACUGUUAAAAAACGUGGGACACAAAGUAGACAGCGAAUUCGUGCAAAUUAGGAAAAAGGAAAACAUGAGCACACACACAGAUCCCUUUAACGACCACGCCAAAACGGAAGAAAUAUGUGUGGAAGAAAAUCCGAAUGGUAAAAAUAGCUUAAUAAAUAAAGAUAUCUACAAUAAUUUUAAAGGAACAGAAACUUCGAAUGCAGUUCCAUAUGCAAAACACAACGAAGGGAGCAAUACCCCCUUCGACAGUUCUAUGAAUUCCUAUUUUUAUCUAAAAAAUGAGUUACACGAACUAGAUGACAUUCACACAUCCAUAUCGAACGACAUCAAAGCGAACGGACAGUGGUCCCAGAGGAGGAACCUGCCAACGAGCCUGCCAACGAAGGCUGUGGAGAGCCCACAAAAAGAUACUCCAUACAGCAACACCCCUAGUAACGCGCAUCAACCCCUGAGUCACCAUCACGAAGUGAGCAAAGUGAGUAGAAAUAACACAGAAAAGAAGAUGAACAGAGAAAUGGUAACGAAAGGAUAUCUAGAUAGAAACCACAAUUUCCGUCAGUACAACCAAUACGCAGAUAAUUACAUAGUCCUAGAGGACAGCGUGGAAGAUGUAACUUACGAGACUGAAGAUGCAAAUGAAGAAAUGGGUGCUAACAGAAGUAGCACCACGAACAUCACGAAAAAUGUAAAUCCAUUUUUAACAAAAUGUUAUAAUGAACAAAAUGAUUAUGAAUACAUCGAGGACGACAGCUCCGUGUAUAUCGUAAAUAACCACCAACCUGAUCAGAAAGUCCCUUACCCAAUAAUCAACCCUGGCCAGGCGACGAGUGACAAAAUGAACGGUGUGGACUGUGCCCCCGCGCGCACAUUGAACGGAGGUGACUUCCUAAACACAAAAGACGCACAUGGAUUUUUCCCCAACCGGGAAAACAACAGCGGAAUUUGUACAGUGGAGGAUGAUGAUGUCAUUGAAGUAAUUCCUAGCGAAGUGAAAGUCACCAAUGCUAGUCUCGCUUCGGAUAAUUAUAGCCAACAAAGUGGCGGUCCCAGCUGUAACGAAGGCGACAAAGGAAGCCACUGCGAAAGAGGAAACUGCGAUGGAAAGAAGAAACAUACCAACUCUGCGGAACUUCCCAAUAGUCGCAAAACUCUUGGGAGCAACUACCUCACGAGAAGCAAAUCCAGCCAUGUUAUCCAGCACAACUAUUCAGAUCAUAGCAUUGAUUCCAUCUAUGAUCGAAGAGGGAGCGGACUAUAUGAAUACGACUCAGUAAUGGGUAGGAAAAAAUUGAGAAAACACGGGAGACAAAAAAUAACACAAAAGGCGACAGAGAAAAAGCGAAAAAUCAGAUCAUUAAAUGAUAUAGCUAUGAAUUACUCCGUUGAAGGCCCAAAGUUAGCAAGAGGGAAACGGAGGAAAAGAGGUUUCACAUUUAGGAAAAACAACAUGAACAUCACCGCGAUCAGUAACGGAAGUGACAAAACAAGCGAAGGUACAAACAUGAACAGAAGUAACCACGACAUCUGUAACCCGAAUAGAGAUAUAUUUAACUACGAAAAUAUGGAAGAUGACCCCUUCGACAUGACGAACGAAGAAAUUCAUCAUAGCGAAAUUUGCAGCGGUGACAUAAAUUAUGAACAAAGCAAUAUAAAUCCAUAUAGACAGAGAAUCGGGGCAGCAGAUUACAACGGAACAAUCAUCGCAUCAGCUGAUAUGAAAGGCAGUAAUUUAAGCUCCAUAGACUAUUACAGAAAUUAUGACUCCGUUCAAUGUGUGAAAGAGGAUUUACUAAAAAAUGAAAAGUUCCCAUUUAUCUUUUACGAUUCGAAUAUACGAAAUUUGGUAAUAUACUACAAGGAUGAUUGCAGUGACGAAAUUAAAUGCAAAUAUUUUUCCGCCCAACGAUUUGGGCACGCAACAGCCAAAAAAAUUGCCCUAAACUUUCUAAGGUCCCUAGGAAUCAAUCCAGAUCACCUAGAAAAUAAUAAAGUAUUUUCCUAUGAAAAGGACUCUAAAAGUAAGCUAUUCAACAUGGAAAGAGGAAAGACAUAUGUGGACAAAGAACAAAACUCAAAUAUUAAUCUUAUAUAUGAUAUGAAAAAGAGAAACGUAGUCGUCUCAUGGAUUAACAAAGUGAAAGGAUAUAGCUUCAGGAAAUUCUCAACACAAAGAUUCGGAUUCGAUGUUGCCCUAUGCCUGUCCAUUGAUUUCUAUAAAAAUUUAGGAGGAGAAAAAGAAGAAGAGGAAAUACGAAAUUAUAUUAAUAAAGUCAAUUCAAAUUUUAAGAGCAUUCGAAUAUUAACAAAUAAAAGAAAAAAAAGAAAUUUAAAAGGAAAAAUCAUAGAUUCCAGAACCGAAUUUAUGGAACUAAAUUCCAAUAGCUACGAAAAUAUGUAUGAUAAUACUUCCCUGUCCUACAUCUAUUUUAGUAACAUAAAAUACAAUAUAGAGAAUCUAAAAAAUAAGAGUAUGCAAAAAGGAACAAGUGCCAACACACAAAUGAAUAAGUACGUCAAUUUGUUUUACAUAACCGAUCAAUUUUAUGAAAUAUUCGAAUGCAAAUUAAAGAACAUACACUUGGAACAAGUAAAAAUGACAAAAGUUUAUCAGUAUGAUUUCUUCUUAAAUAAAACCUUCUAUUUUUUAUAUCUGAAAUAUUUAGAAAAUGUCAAAUUAGCCCUGUGCGAUGAAAACGUCCACAACUUCGCAACCAUGUGUCAGCAAAUUAAAUCGUGCAAAUCGUGGACCGUGCAGUCAUACCAUAACGUGCAAAGCGCAAGGGAUGACCAGUAUGCUAGUGACUCUCCCAUCAACUACUUUCAAUUGGUGGACUUCUACUGCGAUAGCGAUAUUCUUAUGAACUGCACCAAUGGGAAUAUUAACUAUUUCAUAAGUAAGAUGGACUAUUACAGGGACGAAGACAUCCUGAUCAAAGGCUACUACACCGCAGAUGACACCAAACUGUAUGACAUGUUUUUCCUUUCUAGUGGUCGUAAAGGGGGAUUGGAGGAGGACACCUUUUUGGCAGACCUAAACAGCAAGACGUACAACGACAUUGUGUACCACGAGAGGAUAUACAAUAACAGGCUGUACAAGAACGGAAACCACCACAGCGAGCUGUACCCAGGGGGACUAAUCCAUGCAAAAAAGACCAACAGAAGAACAACGAUAAAUAAAAGCGCCGAAAGAGGAAAAUCCUUCCAGGACUACCACGUUUAUUACAAGAGUGGAAACAAGUUUGGAAGCAGUAAUGCCAAUCCUAACGAUGAUGGCAACAACUGCAACUGCCGUAGUAAUAACUUCCGCUACAUGAACAGCAACAGCAGCGGUAGGAAAUACAAAAACUCCUACAGCCAUUUCGACAACACUGACGACGACGACGAUGUGUGGGUUUCUAACGAGACGAGAAAAGGCACCAGAAAGAGAAGAAGAAUGUGCAAACAUAGAAAGAGGAGCAAAACUAAGGGAAAAGAAGACCAUGAUACUAUAUCAAAAAGAAACUCCAUUAUGAGUACUAAAAAAAGUGAGAGCUUUUAUGAAGACCAGAACGAACAGGAAAUGCUACCAAACCAAGCAAGUAGCUACAAACAAGUUAGUAAAGCAGCGAAUAAAAUGAGAAAUAUAUCCACCGGAAGAGGAAAAAAUAAAGACGUUCACAGAGGAGCGAGCAAGAAAACCGCGAGGGGAACCAACAAACGGAUGCAUAAGAGGACUCUUAAAAACGCCAGAAAGGGUGUUACCAAAGGAGGCACCAGAGGAAUCAACAGAGGAAACCACACAGGGCGACAUAACAUGAACUAUUUAAAAAAUAAAAAAUUUUCAUCAACGAAUAAAAAUAUAAGCAACUUACUUACCAAAGGGAGGAAAUAUAUUCUCUGCUACAACUAUAUGGGGAAGAUCCAGGUGAAGGUGUUCCGUGCUGACAUAUAUGGCUCCAUGACGGCUCAGAAAAAAUCAGUUGCAUUUUUACAGCAAGUUAGGAGAGAUCUAAAAAGUGAGGGUAAGAUUUUAUACAGUGAGAGUGACAGCAAAACCGCAUAUGACAUAACAACGUCGCUAAUGGAGUCAGCGCUGUUAAAUCCGUAUUACCAGGACGGUACUGCGUUGAAUAAUAACAUCCAGUGUGCCGAUCACCCAUCUCAUGAGAACAACACUGUUGUCAAACAAACGAGGAGGAGGAAACGCAAAAAAGGAGAAGACGCAUUGGAAGAAGUAUCUGAAAUGGCCGUAGCGCUGCAGGCAGAGCAUCUCGAAUGGAAGACCCACUUCGCGCAGGAAGAGACAAAACAGGAGGACGCAGAACAGCAGACCUAUCAGCCGAGCCAGCGUGGGGCGCAGAAAUGUUCUCGGGGCAGAACAAUCAUUGGAAGGAGCAAAGAAAACGAGCUGAUCUCUCAAUUGAACGCGCAGUUAAGCUCCCAAAUGAACACCCGAAUGAACGCUCAAAUCAGUGACGAACAUGCACCUGCGAACAACUACCAAAAGAGGAAGCUAAGGAAUUCCUCGGAUUACCAAAACAUACACAGCUUUUACGAAAGUCAAGACAAUAAUGAAGACGUAUCGAUGUUCCGAAUUCAGAAUUGUGAAGAUGAUAUGGGUAACCCUAAUGACCCCAUCAUUAUUUCCGAAAGUUCCAUGAAAUCAUAUUCAUCCAAUGAGGAACUUCAUAGCGCACUAGACACGCAGAAUAAGGAAUACAACACAAAGGAUGAGGAAUAUGAAAAAGGCAUUUUUGCAGAACCCGUUAAAAAGAACUCAAACGGAAGUGACACUCCAUUAAAUGAAUACAUAAACAACACCACAAGGGAAGAAGGGAAACAUUUUGAUCAUAACAAAAGGAUGAAUUCUUUGAAGAAGGCAGCUUCGAUAAGUUGCACAAACAGGUAUAGUGACGCAACGGAAUAUGAAAUAAGCAUCGCGUUAAGUAACAAAAGGGAGCAUCUUAACAGCACCAUAAGGAGCAACAGCGAAGAUGAAAAGGGUAAAGAUUUUUCUCAGAUAAAUAAAAACGAACAUUUGAGCCUACUGUUGGGGAAAGACGAAACCCAAGAUAGCAGUAACGUCGCGAUUACGAAACAUAUCAACUUAAGUAGCCAUAAAAGGAUUGCCAUAGAAGAUGUACAAAAAGGAAAAAUAAACACAUUCAAUUGCUUCAACAAAUUAAGUUCUGAACAGAAAGUAGUCAAGGGAUACUUAACUCUAAGGAAAGAAAAAACCAUUACACCAAAUGUAAAAAGGGUGUACGCUUUAUACGAUUUAUACAAUAAAAUUAUUAAUGAAUGUGAUUACGCAGAUUUCUUAUCACAAAAUAGCUCACGGAACAUACUCAAAAAUAGGAAGGCUGAUCCAAAUUAUGGUCCAGGUAGUGAUCCAAAUGAUGACCUCAUUCGCGAGGAGGGUGACGAUCCAAAUGACAACCCACUUGACGAUUUUUCCCCUUACAACAAACGCAUAAUAAUGAAAAGUGGCAAAACAGUACGGACGAACAGGAAUCGCAUGCCAAGGAUAAGGCGUAAUCAAGACGGAUUAGCCAAUAAGGAAGUGGUCAAUAAAAGCGAAUGUCGCGAUGCGGUCACUUUUCCAAAGGAAAGGGAAGCAAAGGAAGAAAGGGGAACCGCAACUGGAAGCGACCCACGCGAAGACGCCGAAAUGAAAAAUUUUUUAAAAAGUGGAGAAACGCUUAGCAGCAGUAACUCUGCGUGCUCCCCGCGAAAUUUCAAAAAUGACUGGAGCGGGCUAGUCAAGUAUAACACUGCAAAAGGUGUAGUUAAAAUCCCCAAAAUAUGCAUCCACAAAUUAGCUAGAAAAAAAGGGUUCAGCAAACUGACGUGCAUUAUUUACAGAGGAAAGGGGGAAUUCGUUUCUUAUUUCCUAGAACGGAGCAACAAAAAAAUUAAUAACAGAAACAUGGUGCAAAAUGAAAAUAAGAAGGACAAGAUUACGGAACCGAACAUGCCCUUUAAGGUUAACGAAAAAAAUGACUGUGCUAAGUUAAAUACAUACCGGUGUAGCACUGGUGCGAAUGCAGCUAAAGAACAGCCUACACAAUCGAACAAGAAAUAUUAUUUAAGAGAAAAGCAAAGCAACCUCUUAUCAGGAAAUGCUUUGUUUUAA